ACUUGAGUGGUCUUGAAACGUUUCCUGUCACCUGAUACUUAAGGAGGUAUGGGAGUAAAGUCGAAAUAAUGAGAUCAAUUUAAAAUUUUUAGGAUCGAUAGAAAUAUAAUUAAUACGUGUUGUGUAAAAAUUGCAGAGACCUAAGCUGAAAGCUUGUUUCGUUUUUUGAAAGUACAGUCUCGAGCUAAAUUAAUCCUUCUCAAGUCACGUACUAUGGUAUAUCUAUAUAUAUGUAUUGUCAGAUGAAAUACAGUGAACAGACUUUAUUUUAAUUAUUAAUCAUUUUUUUUAAUUUAAAAAUCUGAGAUUUUUUUUUUUUCUUUUUUUUGCACACAACGUUCAUAUUUUUCAAGGGCAAUGAUAACUAAUAAAAAAAAUUAAUACAAUACUUUUAAAUAUACAUAUAUACAAUAAUGCAUAACCUUUUGCAAGAUCAAAAGUAGUCAUCAGAAUGUAAAGAAUAUAAAUAAUUAAAUAAACAAAAACUAAAGAUAAGAUGACGUAAAACUAGUGAAUUGAUAAUAAAAAAUUUUUUAAUAAUUUUUACAAGAAACAUAAACAAAUAAUUAUAAUAACUCGUGAUGAUAGAAAAUAAUUUAUCAAAUUUACUGUUACGUGUUGUCACUAUUCGUCUAGACAAUAAAGACUUCACUGUCCACAAAAUCAAAUGAAACAUUUAUAUUUAUAUUUAUCAAACCAAUAUCCUCAUAUUAUUUAUUUAUUUAAAAAUCACAAAAUAAUAAAACCCGCCAAUUUUUAUUUUAAAUUAAAACAUAACUUUUGAGUUGUGAGUCAGCAGUAAUUUAGUGAUAAAUAAAAACAUUUAAAGAAAUGGAGACUCCAGCAAGACCAAAUUAUACGAACCAGAUUGAGGAAAAUAGUAAAGUCCCAGCGGCUUUUGUUUAUGAAAAUCGUGGAAAAUACACAGAUAAUAAAUCUAGUGAAGAAUGCGUUUUAUUAACAAGCGAAUCCAAAGGGGGACUGUCACAUCCACGUGCGUUAUUAUUUUUAGGACUGUGGUAUAUAUUUAGUGGGUGCACGUUAUUUCUUAAUAAAUAUAUUUUGUCUUACAUGGAAGGCGAUCCAACAAUUUUAGGGGCGUUUCAGAUGAUAACGACAGCGAUAUGUGGGUUCAUCCAGAUGUAUUUCCCAUGUGGGAUGUACAAAACAAGCCCGCGACUGGUCAAACCACCUGGAUUUUACAGACACAUGAUAUUGGUCGGCUGCACACGUUUCACUACAGUCUUACUUGGGCUGGUAGCCCUCAAUUAUGUUGCUGUCAGUUUUACUGAAACUAUUAAAAGUUCAGCUCCAUUGUUUACUGUUCUCAUUAGUAGAUAUUUAUUAGGUGAACGCACAGGGUUUUAUGUUAAUUUAUCAUUGAUACCAGUAAUGGGUGGCCUAGCACUUUGUUCAGUAAAUGAACUAAGUUUCGACUUCAAAGGUUUUAUCGCCGCAAUGGCUACAAAUCUCACUGAAUGUCUGCAAAAUGUAUACUCGAAAAUGUUAAUUAGCGGUGACAGUUUUAAAUAUACACCAGCAGAGCUACAGUUUUAUACGAGUCUCGCAUCAAUCGUCGUACAAAUACCAGUGACAUUAUUAUUUGUCGAUUUAUAUACUCUGCAACAUUCCUUUAGUACAAAACUUUUGAUGUCAUUUUUAUUAAACGGCGUGUUCUUCCAUUUUCAAAGUAUUACCGCCUAUGUGCUGAUGGAUUAUAUCAGUCCAGUUACACACAGUGUUGCCAAUACAGCAAAAAGAGCGUUUCUCAUAUGGUUAUCUGUGAUAUUAUUCGAUAAUCCGGUCACAGGUUUAUCUGCUCUAGGUACUUGUACAGUAAUUGCGGGUGUGUUGUUGUACAACCGCGCACAAGAGUAUGACAGAGCUAAAAUAAACAAACUACGGUUUAACUCUAAAAUAAACCUACACUGACUCCACUCAGAAAUUAUUAAAUGUUUACUUAAUUAAUUUUAGUUUAGGUCAGAUGCAAUAAAGUAUAAUUUUUAUUAAAGAUCGUUGUUUUUAGUUAAUUAUUUAUUCUAUAAAUAGUAACGGCUGAUGACUGGUGGAAAUGUCAUUACAUGGAGAGAAAUUUAUGGUAACAAUUACAAUAUAUUGUAAAAAAAGUUUCCAUGUGUUAUGGUAACUGGUUUUUUUUUAACAGAAAAACUACUCGGAACA